AUGGGACGACAAAAACCACCAUUGCAACUCAAAGCUUCACCAACAGACACCACAUCCACCCGUGCACCACCGCGAACUGGAUUGGCUCAAACGUUUUUGAACUAUGCGCUGAACUCUCCAUUAUGGAAGCAAGUUCUUGUCCCACAGGCCCGACAAAACAUUGUCAAGACUGCUGAGAGCAAUGGUAUUCCAUGGAAUGAAUCUAAAGAAUGGAUAAAAAACAAUGCAGAAAUGAAGGAAAUUCCACCAUUUACAGUUCCUGAAUAUUACAAGAAUGCAUUUCAUGCCUACGAGGAAGGAAACCUAUCGUGGGAUGCCGCGUGGGAGGUGGAGAUUGCCAGUUGCAGUGUGGGGGCUCGCAACUUUCCCCAAUAUGGAGCCAAUGGAGAAGAUGCCUUUCGGGGAGCCUUUGAUAGUGCUCUCAACGAAGCCAGUGCAACAGUUCCCGACGAUGGAAAGAUUCUGGACCUUGGAUGCGGAACAGGAAUGAGUACUCGUCGACUUGCCCGUAACUUUCCUCAGGCGAGUAGCAUUCAAGGAAUUGACUUAUCACCUUACUUCGUUGAGAUUGGAAAACAGCUCUUGGAAUUGGAACCAAAGAGCUUUCAGGAAGGAGGCACCUGGGUUUCGAAUGUUCAGAAUGAUUCCCGUAUUUUGUAUACCUUUGGUGAUGCUGCCAAUACUGGCUUUGAUGACGCAAGCUUUGACGUAGUCAAUUUGCAGUUUGUAUUACAUGAGCUCCCAGAGGAUGCUGCCUUGACAAUCAUCGAUGAAGCCUUGCGUGUUCUCAAGCCAGAAGGUCAACUUUGGAUCUGUGAAAUGGACUUCGAAUCCCCUGCCUACGCUGCUCAGAGAGCAAACGCGCUUUUGUUUUCCCUCAUUCGCUCGACUGAGCCUUAUUUGGACAUUUAUGCUGAAAGCAUCAGUGAUCUAUUCCGUUACAUUGGUACAAGAUUCAAUGACGUCAAGAUCCUCCCAGCAACAGGGCGACAUUAUUCACUAGUCGCCACCAAAGGCGAUCCAGAUGAAGAGAUGACAUAUACCGAUCUUAGGUUCGAUGGCGACGGAGAAUAUAGGGUUGAGGACACGCAUCUGAAGAUGUGGGAGAGUAAAGAGGAGAGUCCGUAG